AGAUGGCUGGUGGUAUCCGAUACUCAUGUUUCUUAACAUACAGUGCUCUGCUGCUAAUUGGGGUCUAUGAUGUGGAGGCUUCCAGUUGUCAACGUGUCAUCCAUAAAAAAGUUGGAGACACCGUAGAGUUUUCAUCAUGCUUACCAACUGAAGGGGUCACAAUGGCAAGAUGGAAAUAUAAAGGGUCAAUAAUAGCAGACAAAGAUCCUGUCUCUGGAGAACAUCAGUUCAAGGGCAGAUUAGACCUAAACCCCACAAACUUUAGUUUAACAGUGAGAAGACUGACACUCAAAGACUCUGGUGAUUUCAGUUUUCUCUCAGAGGUGGGUGACAGCCAAAGGGAAACAGUCCCUUUCACUCUGAAAGUUCAUGAACCCAUAACUGUCAGAAUUGUUUCAAAUUCUACGUGGCACACCUUAAACAAAUCCUGUACAGUUUUGCUGGAGUGCCAGGCAACCUCUGACAUCAGUAACAGUGGCAUCACCUACAAAUGGGCCGUGAGGAAUCAAACCAUAGAAGGCCCCAGACUGGAAUACACCAUCAAACCUCAGGACGAAGACACCAAAUUCACCUGCACAAUUUCCAAUGAAGUCAGCAAGAUGACGGCAACUGAAACAGAGACGUGCAGAAACAUUACGUCUGACAUACCAGAAAUAGCGUCCAACUCCUCAUCUCUUGUACCGUUGAUUGUUGGGCUGGUUAUUGUAAUUUUACUGAUUUUUCUACUGCUGCUCUCGCUGCUUUUCUAUACAAAGUCUGAUACAAAGGAUCCAUGUUGUAACAGGGCCACCCAGUCUCAAACGGUCAACCAAGAUGAAACUCAACAGCCCGUGUACUCGUCUCUUCUCCAUGGUGAUGGUUGUGUCUAUGAAGCAUUGAGAGGCUCUAAAGAUGCCGGAACAGGUGAUGGUUGUGUCUAUGAAGUAAUGAGAGGCUCUGAAGAUGCUGGAACAGGUACAGUAGCUUUGAUUAUCAUGGAGCAUUCUAAUAGGUCAGUGGUUCAAUUUAAAUUCAAGUAAUGAAAAAUAUUCUUAUUUUAGGUGGACCACCAAAUCAAUACAGUAAUCACAUCGCAAUCAGUUUUUCACAAAGAUCUUGAGAAGCAGAGUAAGUGCACAAUAUAUAUAAAAAAAACAUUCAAAUGAAUGCAAAAUAUGCAUAGAAAUAUCAUGUUCCCAGAUCAGAAUACAUUUACAUACACACUCUAAAAAAUUUAAAAAUAUUUAGAAUCCAGAUUCUUGCCACCUAAAAGAUACAAGUGCACUGCAUUCCUCUGAUUGGUGACAUUUUGAAUUACCGGUACUGUGUCACUGUGGUGUUAGCGCUGUCUAAAUGUGGCCAUUACUGCAAUUAUUCUCUGAAAGAGGAACUGCAAAGACUUCUCACUCAUGCUGACCAACAUCGCUUGGUGUAUUUCAUGUGUAUUUCAAAGUGGACUUUUUAUUUUCUAUCUUUUAAAGGUCUUUAGAAGUGUUAUAAGCACCAGUAAGUGUGUUUCAAAAGAGUGUCAGUGAUGUCAGUAUUUGUUUUCACACUGAUAAAAUGUUCCCCAUGCUGGUUUACAAUUUUAGCCACUUGGUGUUGCAAUGUGGUUUUCCUUCCAGUUUAUCGCCGCUUGGUGGUUCAAGUGAUCAUAGGUCAUUUCAGCUGCAUCAGUAUGUACAUGCAUGAUGCAUAACUUAAUGCAUGAGCACAUUUAAUGUCUUAUAUCAUUUUUUAUUUUAUUUUUUUUAUUUAUCCUUUAUUUUACCAGGUGAUGUCCCAUUG